AUGGAAACUCAGUCAAGACAAGACGUCCAAAAGAGACUUAAAUCGAUUCAACGACUAAUGAAAGAAACCUGUGCUCAAUUCGAGAAGAUCACCAAAAGGAGGCUUGAGUCCAGGAGAUUCGAAGAUGUUAAAAGUUUUGAAGAUCUCAUGAAGAAAAGCUCAUCAGGCGAGAAAGGAGACGAUGAUGAGUCCAGAGAAACGAGACAAAAGUUUCUUACGAUUGUGUCUACUAUACAGACACUAACUGGACCCUUAAAGUCUGCUACCGAUAUAGCAUUCUCGCCUGCAAGCGCUUGCGUUAGUGCUUUGUCGUUUAUCCUGGAAAUUCCAUCAAAAGUGCAUGGCAUUCAUGAGUCGAUCCGGGCCGUGAUUGAUGAAGUUGAGCCACGGUUCUCUGAAUUAAGGGCAGCUGUCAUUUUCAUUCCUAAGGCCAGUAAGCUACUGGAGCGGAUGGGGGGCAUUGACCAGGAACGACAAGGAAAAGUCUUGGUUCGUCUAGCGUCACUGGCUGGGGACAAGGAACAAGCUUUUCAAUACCUUAAGCAAGCCCUGGAGUUGUGGUCUCACGACUGCAGAGAGGAGCUGAGCGACCUGGUAAUCGACACACUGAAGCUCAGAAUGGCUUCGGGGCCCAUGGGGCAUCUGGGUUUAGUGAUUCAGAUGGCCAUCGAAGAUAGUGAUUACGACGACACUCAGAUGAUGAACCUGCCUUACACUAUUAGCUCUAUAUGCUCCUCCUCGGCCGAUAACUUCGCUUUCUUACUGGGAAACAUACAGACAGCAAUCGAGAAUGCCAAGGCACAGAACCGGGUCAAAACAUGGACCACCUUACUUUUGCAGAAAGGGAUGGCAUAUGCAUGCUAUUCGGAUGACCCUUCUCAUGCUGAUCAGGCGGUCAAAGCGUGGACAGAAUGCGCUGAAACCAUUAUAAAUAAACUCAAGUACCUGUCUGCUGGUGCCAUCCUACUGGACAGAGUUGGGCGGCAGUUGGGCUGUUAUUACUUCACGCAGACAUUGAAAGACCCUGAUAACGCUGAGAUAUACUCUCAAAAGUUGAAGGAAACAUACCUGGCGGCAGACUUCAUCCGGCAUGGAAAACAACCAGAAGCCGAAGCGCUCUUCCAGGCAAACAUCAGAGACGCAUUUGACUUACUACCUGAUGAUACGACUGGUAAUUAUGUGGGCGGUCUUAUCCGUCUAGUUCAAAUCUUCCUUUACACCGGUGAUCGAGUUAAUUUUCUUAAUGCCUAUUCGCUUAUAGCUCGUCGGGUCCUGGAUGUCGAGACUUUGGAGGAGUGGCUACGGUCUGAUGAGAAAACCACGACACCGGAAGCUACCGAGCUUAUGGAUUUCUUCCAAGAAAACUGCAACAAACCGAUCAGCGUGUGGUACAAACUUGCAGAACUUGUGCAAUUCAUGCGGCGAAGCCGAAACAAGUUGAUGAACGAGACCCCCUGGAGUGAUGAUGACGCAGCCAAUAUGAAGUCUUAUGAGGCACUAUUUGAAUCGAUGAAACGAUAUGCUGAAGCACUCAGUGAUGCUAGAUAUGAUUAUUCGUGUGAUGCGUGUGAAUGCGUCCUAGACACGAACAAAAGCAUGUAUGCCUGCAAGUUCUGCUUUGAUUUUGCCCUAUGUGAGUUGUGUUUCCAUCGCUUCCAACACGGGGCGCUCAAAAUGUCUCUCUGCCAUAUCGAGCAUGAUUAUGUGCGGAUUCCACCCUGGGAUGCGAAGGCCCAUGUUCGCGCAUUUCAGCGCAGAGUCCUUAUAGACGCUACUGUUGCAGAUGAUGGGUAUCUUGUUGGGGGCCGAGAAGUCCCGGUUGUGGAGUGGUUGAAUUGCUUGAAAGCAAAAUGGGAUCCUCAGGGGGAUUGA